GUUUCGUCCGCCCCAUUCCAUGUGCAGACGACCUCAUUGACCAACUUCGCGAGGACCGAUUUCUAUCGAAGAUUGACCUGCGAGGCGGUUACCACCAACUUCGCGUGCACGAAGCUAACUACUACAAGAUGGCUUUUUUGGACCCGGUAUGGGAGUUACGAAUACACUGUCAUGCCCUUCGACUUAACAAAUGCGCCUUCAACAUUCAAGUUGACAAUGAACGAGAUUUUUCGGCCAUUGUGGGAUAAGUACGUCAUCUUGUACCUCGACGACAUUCUCUUUUUAGACUUUCCUGGGGUUUGUCAAUUACGUCCGCCGUUUCAUUCCAAACAUGACGGGGGUAACUUCCCAUCUCACGGACCUCCUGAAGAAGGGUACGUUUUUUGUGUGGGGGGAGAGCAGCAGGCUGUGUUCGAAAAGCUCAAACUUUUCCUGACUACACCGCCAGUCCUUCAGAUUGCAGAUCCUCACCAUCCAUUCGAGCUCAUUACCGACGCUAGCGAUCUGGCCGUCGACGCAGUCCUGUUACAAGACUUCGGCGAAGGCCUACAACCGAUCGCCUACGAGUCACGAAAGCUGAACUCGGCCGAGCGAAAUUAUCAUGUCCACGACAAGGAGUUACUCGUCAUCGUUCACGCUUUCAAAGUUUGGCGCUGCUACCUGACAGGCGCUGACGUAACAGUCCGAACAGACCACAAGUCGCUACAGUUCAUCUGUGCCCAACCGACACUGAAUCCCCGACAGAUUCGCUGGCUCGACUACCUGGAGUCCAAUUUCCACUACACAGUCACCUACAAACGAGGGGUCAGCAACAACGCCGACGCACUUACCCGCCCCUAGGUCCACACCGUCGCCGUCCUA